GCCGCGUAUUCUCCCGGACACCCGGUAUAAAUGAAUAAUCGGAAAAAGGAAGUCCAAAUUAGAUUAAAUACAUAUACUUAAAUUUAAUUGACCUAAUAAAUUUGCUUCCCAUGCUUGAGGAAAACUUCUCAGAUUUCGCCUUGGAUUUUGAAGAAAUCUUUUCAAAACACCAGAACAAACCCCACAUUUCUUGAGGAGAGUUUUCCUCAUACAAAGAGAGUUUCUCAAAGUUUUCCAUUUCCUGAAAAAAGUCUCAGUCAACAACUGAUAGCGAUAGAAGAAAGUGGAUAUAAAUUGAAAUAGGGGUGGCCCCCCUUAAAUUAAAAAAAAAAAACAGUUCUGAACUUUUAUUUUACAUUCUUUUUCUUUAAAGAGUGAUGGGAUAGAAUGGCGAGGGUAGGAUUUUUCAUGUCAACCCUAUCAACCCUAUUAUUCAGCUCGUUUUGUCUCGGUCCCAAUACGUGCAGUGGGAACUUUCCGGAACUUUCAAAUUUCAAACUCACCGCUCCCUCCUGCUCGGCUACCGUUGUUUGUGGCUUUCCCUGCUCCCGCGAGCGCUCACUCGCCUCGGCUCGCGAAACUUGCCGUUCAGAAGGAUUGAGGAGCAUCUGCACCUUCGUGGACUGUUUUGCACCUCGUUCGUGAUUCGUUGGUCUGUUUGCAAUUACGUAGGCUGCACGGACGGAGAACUAAGAGAGGGGAACUUCCUCGACUGUCUAGGGGACUGUCUGAAAAGCCAAGAGCGGAGCUUUCUACACUGCUGAGGGGGCUGGCUGUCUCUUUAUUUUAGUCGGAUAUCGUACGCCUUCUAGCCUCGGACAAGCGCUAAAAAAAUUAUGGACCACCAGCAAUAAAAUGGUACUUAAAACUGUGAGAUAUUACGUCGGUGUCACGCGGGGCUUCUCACGCGAUGGAUGGUAGCUGUCAAUUCGUGGCACUUUCAGUCAUGCAUCUGUACCACCUUCCUCUGCACCUGCUCUGUGUAGCGGAGCUGGUGCGAACAUCGGCUGGGGCGCCAGUUGCGGGGCAUUUCCUAGCGUACGUCAGCAAGCUGGUGCCAUGUUCCGAGGACGAGUCAAACGGUAACAUUGUCUGGAGGUGCCUAGCCACGCCUUUCAAUAUCAAAGAGCCGUACACACUACAGAGACUCACCGGUAACGUCACGUAUCGUCGCCCCUUCGAUGACACCUACUGGUCUCGAGUUCGCAUCGACUCCCGAUCCUCGGACGGACAACGUUGGCUCAAGAACGCGUUCGUCAUAUCUUUUCCUGGCAAGGCCUGCUCCACGACUCGUGAACAUAUGCCUAGUUUCGCUCGACUUUUCCUAGGCGAGGGAGCUUUCAUGAGUGGAAAACCAUGUGUCGUUCAGCCGGGCGUCAUCACCAUGGAAAACCAGCCGGUAAACUGGACUUUUCCUCAUUUCCCCAUCAUGCCAUACGGAUACAUGCGGUUUCAUCAGACCAUGGGGCGGGGACGAGAAGUCGACUAUUGUCAGAUCGCCGAGUUCCAUUCCAUCCCAAGGCCAAAGCAAGGGAAUAAUGGUUAAGAUCGCCCAGCUUGGUUCUGUUGGCCGUUUGCACUCAGAAAUGUUUAUUUAAAAAAAUGGCUGAUCGGCACA